AUUAGUUUAGAAUACGUGACAUGUAUCGAAUAUAGUAAUGUCGAUAAAUAAACUGCGUAUAGUAAAAUUUGAUUCAACUUGCAAUCGCGUCUGAGGAACGUUGAGCACACGCAUGAAAUUGUAUUAUAAUUGCACAAGAAAUAAAAGAAUUAGUUGUUGAUGUACACGGAUAAGAUAGUCUACAUUAAUAUAAUAGCACUUUCAUGAUUUCACGCGCUGACAUAAUGUCCUUUUUAAGAAUAUGGUAUUUGAAAAUGUACUCCUGUGGUUAGCAAGGUUUUGAUACAAGAAAUUGAUAUGAGUGAACCAAACGACGAAAGUGACGAGAAUGAAGCUUUUGAUGCUCGGGACGGGAAGGACGAGGAUUUCAACAUUGACGAUUAUCAAAAGGAGAUCGACAGUGAUGAUUCUUAUUGCGAUCUACCAGAUACUAAUAACGACGAUAACAACACCUUGGAAGAUAAUCAAGAUGCGGAUAAGCAACAAGAAAAUGAGUAUAUCGGACCGGUGCUUCCUGGAGGUCAUAGAUUUGAUAGAAAGUUUGUUGCCAUUAAAUAUCCUGGAAAUGUCAUUAAUCCGGAUAAAGCUAUAAAUACUUUAGGUGGUAUUCAUGGCAUUUGUACGGCAGUAAAUACUCCAAAUCGACGGUUAGAGUUAAAGUUUAGACCGGAAGAGCCUUACUGUAAACCAGCUUGCGGCGACAGAUACAAUACUAAAGGGUUCUUGCUUAGAGUUAGGAUUAAAAAAUCUAGAAUAAAAAAGAUCGAAGAAACAGAAAGAAAGCAAAUGGAGGAACGAUCGACGAGAACCAUGGAUUCAAAGAAUGAUCAAAAUAAUACUAAUGAACAAAAUAAUAUGGAUACGCAAGAUACAGAGUCAGAAUAUAGCUAUACGGAAAAUAAAGAUCAAGAAGAACAAAUUAUAUCUAAUUUAGUUGAUCAAAUACAAGGUUGCAGUGUUAGUACUUUGGAUGACAUUGGCGAUUCUUCUCGGAAGAUCUUGUCUUCCGGAAGCAUUAAAGAUUUGCAUGCUUUGUCGACAGAUAAUAAUACACAUUUUACAAAACAUAAGAAAAACAUAAUGCCAACGUUCGACCACGCUAAAUACGAAGACCUUUCCGAAGACAAGGAUUACGAAUUGCCGAAAUUGAAAAUUCUGGGACGAAUCGAUACGGAAUUUCGAUUCAGAAAUCUUUGCGACUUCCAGUAUUUACCGAUGACACAAAGCAAAGCAGAUCCGAAAAAGUUAGAAUGCAUAUACGAUAAGAUUUGCCCAACGAACAUACCGCAUCACUCUUGGUUAAAGAACGACGUGCCUUAUUUCUUGCCGCCAGCUGCGUUCAGCAGAAUGGGCACGGUGCAGCAAUACGUACCGAAAACUGAAGCCAACUCGUACCCAGAAAAUAUAAUAGGAAAAAAUAGGAAACGAAAGACUGGAUUCUCGAAUUUUAUUUACUUCUCAACGCCGGAGGUUCCUACGAAGCCGCCGAUCGGCAUAGAGACUGCUUUGACAGUUAAGUUCAUUCAAACCAAACACUUUGAACUGAUGCAUAAAAUUUUCGAGGAACGACCAAUAUGGUCGAAAAACGCGAUAAUGUACGAAACUAAAUUCUCUAACGAUCGGUUGAAAAUUUUGUUACCCUCGGUGGCGUAUUACUUCAUGACUGGCCCAUGGAAAAUCAUGUGGGUAAAACUGGGCUACGAUCCGAGGAAAGACAUUUCUGCAAGGAAGUACCAAACCUUGGAUUAUAGACUGAAAGCCAUGCAUGGUUUGGGAUCUACCGUUAAGUGCAAAAGAAGUUAUUCGGAUUAUUUGUUGCCAUGCAAAUCAACACCGGCUGGAAAGAAAAAAGCAAUUCUAAGUGGAACUUCGAGCCAAGAGCAUAAUCUUAAAAAGGAGCAAGAAUUAAACGAGAAUGUGUACAUUUAUCGAGAAGGAACGGUACCACCUUCGAGACAAAUGUUUUAUCAAUACUGCGACGUUCUUGUAGAUGACAUACAAGAAAUGUUAGCAAAAUUACCUGAUCCUUUACCCGGUACAAGGUGUCACGAAAAAAGAGGCUGGUUACCAAGCGGUUUCGACGUACAGUGUCGAGAAAUUAUUAACAAACAAGUCCGAACUGUCUUGAGGAAGCAAAUGAAUAUACCCGAAGAUCAUCCUACGUCUUUGCCUGGAAAACGUAAACGUGGUAUUAAAAUAAAGCUGAACAAACUUAAAAGUAGAAAGAAGAAAAAAAACGAAUCGGUUUCUAGCGCGGAAGAAAGCGAAGAAAAAUAAGAGGUAAUGGAAUUAACUCCAAUUCUACAUUCCGACAGGAAAUUAGCAAAAUUUGCUGGCAAAGUAAGUUUAUAAUAAAUUUUGUAUGAUUCUUAAUUCAUACGUGUAGUUUGUAAGAUUUGAUAAAUAAAUGGGACUUUUUUAAAUACUUAGAAUUAGAAUUUAUUCGUAAACGUAU